CUAUUCCUACAGCGUAGUAUGGGGAAGUCGCGACCGGGGGUGGGAGGGCCUCGGGGCAGGCUGAAGGGCUGCCAUAGCCAUGGCAAAGGAUGGAGUCAAUCGCUGUUAGAACCCAUUUAAGGAGGAGCCACACCCGUCCUGUUUAUAACUCGCUUUUGCCGUCAUUAUUAUUACGCCCCCAACGGACGAAACGUGCAUUUAACCUGCGUGCAGAGUCAGAUACGGUCGUUAAUAUGGCUCGGAGCGCUUAAGCAGAUGCAGCAGACAAUAGCAUUUCCAGGGCAGAUUCAGCUGCCUGGAUAUCAUACGAAUUGCCCUUUCACCGGGAAACCUUUUUGCGAUUGUCCAUUCGCUUCCCAGAAGCCCCAAGCAUGGCUUCGCGAGGGUGUGAUGCAGCGACCGGAGGCAAAUGGUAUGGUAACUAUGGUACAGCAACCAUCGAUGAGCCCCGCAGUGGACCGAUCGGGGCUUGAGGAGGCGCUUCGGAACCUGGGCAGGGGGCUGGAGGACGCGAGCGCGCGGGCCGCGACGGCGGCGGCGCAGGCGGGGUACUCGUACAACGCCGCCUCAGGGGGAUUCACACCCAUGGUGGACGCGUCGUCUGGGAUAGAGAGUUUGGAGAGCUUACAGGCCCGGCUGGCGGCGCUGCGGGAGGAGGUGUCCGGUGCCGAGGCACAGGAGGCAGCGGCGGACGCAGCCCUGGUGGCGGCCUCUCAGGACCACCAGCAACGGCGGAGUGAGGCGCUGCAGCAGGUGCAGGAGGCGGAGCGGCAGGUCAAGUCCUGUCGGGAGGCGGUGGCAGCGGCGGCCGCGGCUCGUGCACAGCAGGCGCAGGCCCAGGCGCAGGCAAAGGCGGCGGCCGCACACGGCGCCAAGGCGCAGCAGAACGGCCGCACGGCACCAGGGGGUCGGGGGGCGGCCGCAGGGGCCGGCCCUGGCUCCAAGAACGGCCAGAAGCCCCGGGGCGCGUCAGAAUCAACGGGCAGGAAGCGGGACCGCAAAGCAGGAGCCGCUGCGGCUGCGGCUGCGGGCCGGCGGCUGCUGACGCUGACGGAGCUUCGCAGCACCAGCCUCAAGGGCAAGCGGCUGGCGCUGUUGUGGCCUGAGGACGGCACGUGGUGGGAGGGCACGGUGACGGAGCACGACACGGCAUCGGCGCAGCACACGGCGCGCAUCUACUACGAGUCCACGGGGCAGGACGAGGAGGUGCAGCUGCUGGAGCUGGUGUCAGGCGGCGAGGUGGCGUGGACGCUGCAGCCAGCACCAGGGCAGGGGCCGGGGCAGGCGGCGUCUGCGGCGGCGCCAGGGCAGCUGGCGGCGGCUGGCGGCGGCGGCGGCGGGGGCAAGACGUUGGAGGUGGACGGCCUGAACGGCGCCGCGGGCGCGGGGGCGUCUGCAGCAGCGGGCCCGGGGCCGGGGUCAGCGGCGGCGGCCGCGGCGGCAGCUGCCUCCAAGCGCAAGUCGGGAGGCAGCCCCGCGACGGACACCAAGCCAGCCAAGAAGACCAAGAGCGUCAGCAGCCUGGCGGCAGCUGGGGCGGAGGGGGGAGGGCCGAGUGGUGGUGGCAAGGGCAAGAAGAGCCCUCCGGACCCCAGCGACCGGACGCCCCGCAAAGGCGGCCCAGCUGCCUCGGCGGCUGCACCGACUGCGCCAUUGGCGACGGCGGCGCCAGGGCCUGCACUCCAGCAGCCAUCACCAUCCAUCCUCCCGCACCAGCAGCAGCAGCAGCAGCAGCCACAGGUGCUACUGCCGCCCGGCAUGUACCAGCAGCAGCAGAUGAUGCAGCCCGGGAUGGUGCCCAUUCAGCCCCAUCAGCAGCAGGCGUCGCAGCAGCAGCAGCAGCAGCAGAUGCUCAUGCACCAGCACCAACAGCACAUGGCGGCUGCAGUGGCAGCCCAGCAGCAACAGCAACAGCAGCUGCUGGCGGGCGGGAUGGCGGCAGUGAUGCAGCAGCGGGCAUUGACGCCGGGCGUGGGUGCAGGCGCGGGCCAGCUCAGCAGCCCGGCGCUGAACGGACAGCAAAUGCAAGUAUCCACUGCGGCGGCAGGGAUGGGCGUUGGAAUGGGCUUCGGAAUGGUGCCUCAGCAGCAGCAGCAACAGCAGCAGCAGCCUCAAGGCCAGACGCCAAACGUCAACAUGGCGAUGGGCUUGGGCAUGGUGCCGCAGCCGGGCAUGCCGGGAGCGCAGCAGGUGCAGCCGCCGCAACAGGCCGCGCAACAACAGCAACAGCAUAUAAUGCAAUUCCGCCAGCAGGCGAUGCAGCAGCAACAACAGCAGCAACAACAGCACCAACAGCAACAAGCCUUGGCAGCAAUGCAGAGUGGAUACGGUGGUGUAGGUGGUGGCGGCGUCUUAGGGGCAGGGACGGCGCCGGCAGGAGGAAUGGCGGCUGCUGCCGUGCCCGGCACCGCCAUGAACCUUUUGCAGCAGCAGCAACAGCAGCAGCAGCUGCAGCAGCAACACCAAGCACACCAGCUGCAGCAGCUACAGCAUUUCCAACAGCAGCAGCUGCAGCAGCAACAGCUGCAGCAGCAAUUCCACCAGCAGCAGUAUCAGCAACAGCAGCUGCAGCAGCAACAACAGCAGCUGCAUCACAUGCAGCAGCUGCAACAGCAGCAGCAGCUGCAGCAGCAGAUGCAGAUGCAGCAGGCGGCGGCGCUGGCGGCCAUGCAGGGGGGCUCAGGCGGCGGCAUGAUGGUGCCCACGCCCGGCGGCGCUGUGGCCGUGGGCGGCGCCGCGCAGGCGGCCGGAGGCGUGCCGCAGGCGGCUGCACAGGCCGCAGGCGGGGCCCUGGGGCAGCAGCAACAGCAACAGGUGGCGGCGCAGCAGCAACAGCAACAGCAACAACAGCAGGGUGUGCUGCAACAGCUGUUUGCGCUUGGUCAGGGAGCUGUCGGCCGGCAGAUAGCGGUGUUUUACGACGUGGAGGGCGUGUGGAUGCAGGGCCGCGUCACACGCUGCACCGACGCACAGCUGUGUGUGCAGUACAGCGAGGGCUCCUCGGACAGCUUCGCGCCCAACCAGAACCUCACCAUGCAGGUGCUCAUGACGUGAGCGGCGGCGGCGGCGGCUGGGCACGGGCUGAGGCAGGCAGGCAGGCAGGGGGCGGCUUGGUGUCGGCGUUGGGUGGGUGGGGCAGCCGGCAGGAGGGGAGGAAGGCAGCUCGCAUGUGUGAGGAGGCAGCUCGCACGUGGGGCUGUGCAGCAGCAGUAUGUUGUUGGGGUUGCUGGGGCGCUGGAUACGGGUGCCAUGGGUGGCUGGGCGGCACGCCGUGUGCCAGGGGGGGGCGGCAGUUGUGCCCAUACGUCAACGCGAUGAUGUCCCGCUGCGCCCGCUGCUGCCACGCGCUGGUGUCCACUUUGUGGGCAAGGGCUGAGGGGCGCGGCAGACAAUCUGGCAUGCGUGGGGUGUUGGCCGGCGAGCAAUGAAUUAUCAUGUACUGCAUCAAGCCAUAAGGCCCUACGGCAAUGAAUGAAGUAUGGGCGAACCUUCAAGCACUGUUGACCUGGUUUCGUGCUGGGACGGGUCGCGAGUCAACGUAAGGGACCACCGAUGGCAGCCCGCGGGGCGCGCAGUGGGUGGGAAAUGGCCACGCGUAUCUUUAUUUGCGUCUGAAGACAAGCUGAUGUGUUGCGUUCAGGGUGUGCGGUCUGGGCACGUAGCUCCCUGUGUUGUGAUGAUGCAUCGGUGACACACCAUAUGGGUGACACUGCAUCGGUAUUACCAGCACUGUUAAUCAGAGGCAAUGUUCCCAAUGGGACCUGGAGCCGUGCCGCUCCUGCUGUUGACUGCCAUAGUAUGCCAUUCACAGGCGUGGUCUGAGAAUGACACGACCCGAGCAACUUGUGGUUGCACGAUUCGCAAAUGAUCUCUGGGUGCGGUACGGUGCGGGGGUUUUAUGAAUCGCCAACGCCCCCUGUGUCAUGUUUGUUUGGCAGAGGCACAGCCGUCCACAGACGGGCGCGUGCAGCAUGAGAGCGUGUAGCCCAGGGCUCCUAUCUUAAUGUCUCCAGACAUUAAUCGGCCAUUUUGGCCGUUUCCUAGACAUUCCUCCCGGGGGCUAAUGUCUGGGGUGAGACUUUGUUGGCCCGGGUUUGAGGCGGGUUUUGUCCGAAUUCCUAUGGAGAAGCCCCCAAACCGCCUUGUGCCCAGACAAAAGACGGCGGCCAUCCGGCCGUUUUUGUCUGGAGCCAGACAUCACCCCGAAAACAAGAUACGACCCCUGCUACAGUGUAGCCACAACCUAUAUUUAU